UCAAGGAAGAGGAAGUAGGGCUGUGUGCUCCUGUGUUAAGCGAUAGGCUGGCUGGAGCUCCUAACCUGUAGAGUUGGAACUCGGUUCCAGUUCGGCAUUGCUGUCGUUUUCUUUGCAUAGUGUUUACUUGUGGUUUUUGAGGUGGAAUCACUUAGGCUUCGACGAGCUACAACUGGACUUCUGUCAGAUAAGUGGAAUACUUUUGUGGAAGACUGAAAGUCAGUCUGCAUAAGUUAAAAUGGAGGACAGGAUGCUUCUGCGGAACAUUCGGCAGACCCCGAAGCCCAGCACACCUGUGUUAGUGGUUUCCAAACUCAUCAUGCUUUGCUUACCCAUCGUCCAAAUUGUUCUGGGUACAAUUUAUCUGAAGGAUUGCCCUGCCCAGCCCUACAUUCCCAUCUAUGUGUUGGUUUCGGGGGUGUUCACCAUGUGCCUGUCACUGCUGUCCUGCCUGCCCUGUGCCAGGGAGAGCGAGGGAGGGGAGCAGAACACCCUCAGCAGCAUCUGCACCGCUUGGAACUCCCUGUUGACUGUCUUCCUCUUCUGCUGGUUCAUCGCUGGCAACGUAUGGAUCUACUCCAUAUAUGCCCCCAGCUAUAGUCCAUUGGAACUUGACAAGUACUGCCACAAGACCCUGUAUCUGUUUGCGUUCUGGAUGACUACGCUGGUCUACAUCCUGGUGGGAGUUCUGCUGGUUGGAGGCUGCUGUGCCCUCAUUUGUAUGGCUGUGUGUGGGAGGAGUGGCUUUGGGAGUGGAUUCAAUGAUGAUAUCUGAGGCAAGGGGUCAUAGGUCAGGGGUCAUGACUCAUGGGUUCCAUUAUUUGCCUUGUAAAUCUGGAGUCCUGAGCCUGAAUGAUCACAGUCGUCUCUCUCUAAAUUAUUUCUGAAUCCAGAAAUUAAGAGUCUUUCUUACUCAAUUAUCUGCCAGAGUUGGUCCUGGAGAGCCACAGGAUCUGCUGGUUUUUGCUGUUUCUCAGCACUUAAUGUAUCCGCUAAAUCAGUUGCUUACAGUUAAAUCAUUUUUCUUGUUUUGUGGGUCUCAGCCAUUUGUGGAUUUUAUUGGGAAACAAAAACCAGCAGUGCCCGGGGGUAGUGAAGGUUGAUUUUGCUUGGUGGAUGGGAAAAAAACCUUGAUAAUUUACAUUCGGGAAUGGGAUUGGAUGCCCCUGAAACAACAUUUACACCUUUGCUCAGUCUGCCUAUCAUUGGUCUACAUAACAGAGAGCACUUUGCUUCCUCACCUUUCCACUUGUGACUUUUUUUCUACACUUUUGAGCUGCCAGCUCCAUUGUAUUGCUUUAUCCCAAAUCGUUCAAGGUGGAACACCUCACUCCCUCACACCCCACAAUAGACUACACUAGAGACCACAAGAAUAACAAAUGUUUCAUUAUAUUACUGCAAGAAAUGUUUACUUAAGCUUUGAAAAGGAGUGUUCUUUAUGGUGAAAUGUAUAAUGGAUGGAUGAAAUGAAUUGAAUCUAUGACCCUGAAAAAGAACUUAUUUUAAUAUGAUUGUGACUGUGUGAAUGUUGUUGAUUCGUAGUUCAUUUGUAUAUGAGAAUAUGGCCACCACAGAUAACAACAUUGAUUUAACUCCAUGUGCCCUGCUUAUGUAAAUGCCACACUUAUGCUCCUGGCUUUUUCACAAGAUUUGGUUGUGUGUUGCAAUGAUCACAGAAUAAACAUCAGCAUUUGUGUGUUUGUGCCCUCAUGCAUGUGUACAUAUGCGUGCAUGCAUGUGUGUACACGUGUGUACUCCAUUAUUUCUGAUUAAAUGAGCAGCUCUUGCAGAGGCAACCAAGACAGGUUUCGUACGGUCAUGGACAGUCCUUUAGCACAACCUCGCAGCUCAGCUGAUGAGAUUUAUAAUCGGCUGCAGUUGUUUGCAUGCUCUGAGUUAAGGGUGGAUUGGUUCAGUGUUAGUCCAGUGUUAGUGUGAAGCUACAUGCUUUCUGUCCAGUGUUACUAGUACUACUGAUGAGAGUAAUCCUGCCUGUUACGAUGAAUGUGAAAUAAAUUCUCUGCUGAAAA